UUUUGUUGCGGUAACGAUCACAUACAUACAUACAAAUAAUGCCUGAGGAGAAGAGCCACUCUGUGCCUGUGUGGCUCACCAAGGACUUUAUCCAGGAAAAGCUACGCGUCUACUUUAAGGACGACUCUUUGAAGCUGGAGAAAUUAGGCAUUAAUCCAGCUAUUGGCAACGGUGAGAACUACGCCAGUGUAAUGACCCGCAUCAAUGUUGAGUAUACCACAAAGGACUCGAAGUCCAAGAAGCUGACCACCAACUUCUUGGUGAAGACGACCUUUGCCGAGAAAGACCCAGCUGCCCAUGUGCUUAUCAAUUACGGCGUCUACACUCGUGAGAUGGACAUGUAUCAAAGGAUUAUUCCCAAGCUGGCGGAGCUUGUAAAGACAGAGAUUCGGGAUCCACGAAAGCUGUUUGCUGGCACCGUAAACGUAGAUCGGAAAACGAAUUCCAUAAUAUUUGAAGACCUCUCUCUGGAGCAUUAUAUGGUAGCCAGCCGGCUAAAGAAACUUGAUCUGGAACACACGCACUUGGUGCUGGAAAAGCUGGCCAGCUUUCAUGCCGCCGGAGCAGUUCUGGUCGAGCGGGAGCCCGGUAUAGUAAAAGAGAACUAUGAUCGAGGAUUUUACAAUAGACAUAUCCGAGGCUAUGAGCCGAUUAUGACGAAUCUUCUGAGGGCCCUAUCCCGAUCCCUGAACUUGGAUGAGGAGCUGCGUCAGCGCUAUAAGGCCAAGAUAGAUCGAUUGGUCGAUCGUGUGAUGGUAUACGGAGAGCGAUCGACAACCAACAAUCCUGGAGACUUUCUGACCCUGGCUCACGGUGAUCUUUGGACCACCAACGUUAUGUUCCAGUACGACGGACAGGGACAUCCAAUCAAUGUCACUUUUAUUGACUUCCAAUUCUGUGUAUGGAACUCCCCAGCCAUCGAUCUGCACUACUUCUUCUCGACUUCGAUACACGACAAUCUCUACCUGGAAAACCAGCUGGAACUGAUCCAAUUUUAUUACUACAAAUUGGUGAAUGCUCUCAAGAAGCUUAAAUAUUCCGGCCACGUCCCGAGCUUAUUUGAUUUUCAACUGCAGUUCCGCAUGAGAGCCUUCUACGCUGUGUUUGCAUCCUUAAUUUUCGAGCCGUUGAUGUUGUACAAUGGCAAGGAGGAGGCUUCCCUGGAGCAGAUUAUCUCCGAGAAAGCGAGCGGGCAGAGGUUCAAGGAUGAUAUCUAUCAGCAGGAGUGCGUUCGAAAGAAACUGCAUCUUACACUCCCUUUCCUGGAACAGUGGGGAUUGCUUGAUGAAAUGUGAUAUUUGCUGUCCCCAUAAAAUAUAUUAAUAUA